AUGCCCCUGGUGGAAAGUUAUUGGGAGUCCAUGAAAUCUGGACUGGCUGAUAUGGUUAACACCGGUAGUCGCCAAGGUGAUUCCAUCACUGCAGCUCUUUUCUUGAAGCAGUUUGUUGAUGAGAAGGUCCAGUGGAUGCACAUUGACGUGGCUGGGCCGGUUUGGAAUGAUAAGAAGAAAAUUGCAACCAGUUUUGAUCAGCUAGAAGACAGCCCAAAUUCAUGGGAUAAGAGGAAGGAUUUGUGUGUUACAGUCAUCACCAGUUACUCUCCAAUGAUUCUUUGCACCCAACAAGGUGUGAAGACACAAUUGGAUUAUCUUCAGCAAUGCUUGCCUGAUUAUGAACAUUUUGGAAUAUCAAGGAAAGGAUCUGAAGACACUUCAGAUCAACAUUGCACUAUCUUUUAUGAUAAGGAAAAGGUUGAGCUGCUGGAAGGUGGAACUUUUUGGUUGUCAGAGUCUCCUUCAGUGCCUGGAAGCACGUCAUGGGGGUCUGCAGAUCCAUGCAUUGCUACAUGGGCUACAUUCCAACUAAAAGGAGUUGAGCCACCGGGUUUUUCGUUUGAAAUCGUGAAUACAAAGAUGGAUGAGUUCAGUCCUCGUGCUCGUAGGCGGGGUGCUUUGCUCACAUGGCAGCAUAUUGCAUCCUUACCUCCUAGCUUGCCUGUGGUAUAUUGUGGAGGAUUUAAUACACAAAAGGAAUCGACUACUGGACGUUUUCUUCUUGGUCGAUCAAGAGAACACGGUGUUGUAGGUGAUAUGAGGGAUGCAUGGCCGAAUGCUCGGGUGAGGAAAAAUGUUUCUCUAAUUCGUACGUAUCACGGAUUUAAAGGUGACAAGCAGGGGGCUCUGGAAUUCCUGAAGUUAAUAUUCAGAGCACUUUGCCUCUGCUGGGAUCGCCAAACGCAGGAUCUGCACGUCGAUUGGAUUCUUUUCAGAGAUCUGCGUAGAACAAAUCACGUCCGUAGAAACCAAUCUGAAGAAGAAACAUUUCCAAUUCCACCUCUCAUAUCCAGUUGGCUACGGACUUUGCUUAUCUUGUGGGCGAGUUCUUGGGAGAAAAUGGAGGUCUUAGGAAAAAGGCCUCCCGCGAUUCAGCGAUGGGUUUUUUGCGUUAUGGCUAUUCUGUUCAUCACCAACGUUCAUUCUUUCUACCUUCCCGGUGUUGCUCCUCAGGAUUUUGUGAAGGGUGAUCCUCUGAAGGUGAAAGUAAACAAACUGACCUCCACUAAAACUCAACUUCCUUACUCCUACUAUUCUCUUCCUUACUGCAAGCCAGAAAAAAUUGUAGACAGCGCAGAGAAUCUUGGAGAAGUUCUUCGUGGUGAUCGUAUUGAGAACUCCCCCUAUGUGUUCAAAAUGCGAGAACCACAAAUGUGCAAUGUUGUUUGCCGUAUCACACUUGAUGCCAAACUUGCAAAGGAAUUCAAGGAGAAGAUAGAUGAUGAAUACCGGGUGAACAUGAUUUUAGAUAAUCUCCCUCUAGUUGUGCCUUAUAAAAGACCUGAUACAGAUUCCUCAGUGUAUCAACACGGUGUGCCUGUUGGUGUAAAAGCACAGUAUGCUGGAAGUAAGGAAGAAAAGUAUUUUAUCUACAACCAUUUGACAUUUACUGUGAAAUUUCAUAAAGACGAAGAGGCUGAUGCUGCAAGAAUUGUGGGAUUUGAAGUCAAACCAUUCAGUGCUAAGCAUGAAUAUGAGGGUAAAUGGAAUGAUAAAACACGGUUAACAACUUGUGAUCCUCAUGCAAAACGCACCAUAACCAGCUCUGAUUCUCCUCAGGAGGUUGAAGAUAAGAAGGAAAUAAUCUUCACGUACGAUGUUGAGUUUAAGGAGAGCGAAGUCAAGUGGGCAUCCAGAUGGGAUACUUAUCUUUUGAUGGCUGAUGAUCAAAUUCACUGGUUCUCAAUUGUAAAUUCAUUGAUGAUUGUUCUUUUCCUCUCCGGUAUGGUGGCCAUGAUUAUGUUGCGUACCCUCUACCGUGACAUCUCUAAGUACAACCAGUUAGAGACCCAGGAAGAAGCUCAAGAAGAAACUGGAUGGAAAUUAGUUCAUGGAGACGUUUUCAGGCCUCCAACAAACUCUGAUCUACUGUGUGUUUAUGUUGGAACUGGCGUUCAGUUCUUUGGGAUGAUACUAGUUACCAUGAUCUUUGCUGCACUUGGAUUCUUAUCCCCGUCUAACCGAGGAGGGUUGAUGACAGCUAUGCUUCUUCUCUGGGCAUUCAUGGGCCUGUUUGCUGGAUAUGCUGCAUCUCGUCUUUACAAGAUAUUCAAAGGAACAGAGUGGAAGAAAAUUACUCUUCAAACCGCUUUCACCUUCCCUGGGAUUGUCUUUGCCAUAUUCUUUGUAUUGAAUGCUAUAAUUUGGGGCGAGAAAUCCUCGGGCGCCGUGCCAUUUGGAACCAUGUUUGCAUUAGUGUUCUUGUGGUUUGGUAUUUCGGUUCCUCUUGUCUUUGUUGGUAGUUAUGUAGGGUUUAGGAAGCCAGCUAUUGAUGAUCCAGUGAAAACCAACAAGAUUCCAAGGCAAAUUCCUGAGCAGGCCUGGUACAUGAACCCAGUUUUCUCUAUCCUAAUUGGAGGCAUACUCCCAUUUGGUGCAGUAUUUAUCGAGCUGUUUUUCAUUCUAACAUCAAUCUGGUUGCAUCAGUUCUAUUACAUUUUCGGGUUCCUCUUCCUUGUGUUCGUAAUCCUAAUCAUCACCUGUGCUGAGAUUACAAUUGUGCUUUGCUAUUUCCAGCUGUGCAGUGAGGAUUAUCUCUGGUGGUGGAGAUCAUAUCUGACAUCAGGGUCAUCAGCACUCUACCUCUUCCUUUAUGCGGCUUUUUACUUCUUCACAAAGCUCGACAUCACAAAACCAGUAUCCGGUGUUCUCUACUUUGGGUACAUGCUGAUUGCUUCAUAUGCUUUCUUCGUGCUGACUGGUACAAUUGGUUUCUAUGCAUGUUUCUGGUUUACAAGGCUCAUCUACUCGUCGGUGAAGAUUGACUAA